GAUCCGUGCCGGGAGACGGAGGUGCCGUCGCCGCCGAGGUGGCAGCGGCCGCGCGUUUGGCGAGGGGGUGGUGAAAGCGAGCCUCUGGCCAGCCUGCGGGUGCAAGGAGUCAGUGAGGGUGGCUGGCGGCGUGUCUUCCCUGAAAAUCGUAAAGUCACGGUGUCGGAUGGCCAAGUCAGAUGGCCUUGGCUUCCCGGCUAGCGCUUGGGCGGGGCGCCGGCUGCCUCCCGAGAAGGAACCGGAGCGAAAGAGGUUUUACACUUCUUCCGUGAGGUAAUGUAAGCAUUUCGGUUAGACAAGAGAGAGGAAACAGGCAUGUCAGCUCUUUGUCCUCCACCAUCUCCUGCAGUUGCUAAGACAGAGAUCUCUUUGAAUGGCGAAUCACCGUUAUUAGCUGCCACUUUUGCUUACUGGGACAAUAUUCUUGGCCCCCGAGUGCGGCAUAUCUGGGCUCCAAAGACAGAACAGGUACUUCUCAGUGACGGUGAAAUAACUUUUCUUGCUAACCACACCCUGAAUGGAGAAAUACUUCGGAAUGCAGAAAGCGGUGCAAUAGACGUGAAGUUCUUUGUUUUGGCCGAAAAAAGGGUAAUCAUUGUGUCAUUAAUUUUUGAUGGAAACUGGAACGGAGACAGAAGCACAUACGGACUAUCAAUUAUACUUCCACAAAGUGAACUUGGUUUCUACUUGCCACUUCACAGAGUAUGCGUGGAUAGGUUAACACAUAUCAUAAGGAAAGGAAGGAUAUGGAUGCAUAAGGAGAGGCAAGAACAUUUCCAGAAGAUUGUCUUGGAAGGCACAGAAAGAAUGGAGGAUCAGGGUCAGAGCAUCAUUCCAAUGCUGACGGGAGAAGUCAUUCCUGUAAUGGAACUCCUUUCAUCUAUGAAAUCACACAGUGUUCCAGAAGAAAUAGAUAUAAGUGACACAGUGCUAAAUGAUGAUGACAUUGGGGAUAGUUGCCAUGAAGGCUUUCUCCUCAAUGCAAUUAGUUCACACCUUCAGACCUGUGGUUGUUCUGUAGUUGUAGGAAGCAGUGCAGAAAAAGUUAAUAAGAUUGUGAGGACAUUGUGCCUGUUUCUCACACCGUCUGAGCGGAAGUGUUCCAGGCUCUGUAGAAGUGAAUCUUCUUUCAAAUAUGAGUCAGGACUUUUUGUUCAAGGCUUGCUCAAAGAUGCAACAGGAAGCUUUGUGUUGCCCUUCCGUCAAGUAAUGUAUGCCCCAUACCCUACUACACAUAUAGAUGUGGAUGUCAAUACAGUGAAGCAGAUGCCCCCUUGUCAUGAACACAUUUAUAACCAACGACGAUACAUGAGAUCUGAGCUGACAGCGUUUUGGAGAGCUAAUUCAGAUGAAGAAAUGUCUCAAGAUCAUAUUAUCCACACAGAUGAGAGUUUCACACCUGAUUUAAAUGUCUUUCAAGAUAUUGUGCAUAGAGAUACAUUAGUAAAAGCCUUCCUGGAUCAGAUCUUUCACCUGAAGCCUGGCUUGUCUCUAAGGAGUACUUUCCUUGCACAAUUUCUGCUUGUCCUUCACAGGAAAGCCUUAACUUUAAUAAAGUACAUAGAGGAUGACACGCAAAAAGGCAAAAAACCUUUUAAGUCUCUUCGUAGCUUAAAGAUAGAUCUUGACUUGACAGCAGAGGGCGAUCUUAACAUAAUAAUGGCUUUGGCAGAGAAGAUUAAACCAGGUCUACACUCCUUUAUCUUUGGGAGGCCGUUCUACACUAGUGUACAAGAACGUGACAUGCUCAUGACAUUUUAAAGUCUUCCCUGCAUCUGAUAUUGCAGUCCUGCAGAGCACAAAAUCUGUCAGUGUGACCCCCACAAUGGUGAGAAGCAUUGAGGACUGAUGGUGAAGCAUCAGGAACACAGUAACAUUGAGGUCUCAAUGUGUGUCUCAAGCAGUAGGCGUCUUGUUAGAGGGAAUUUCAGCUUAGCUAGAUAAGCAUGAUUUUAAUUAAUUGGUCUCUUCUGUGUGUUUUUUUAAUUGUAAAUGUUACCAGAGGGUCCUUGGCCAUAUUGGCUUAGUGGAUAAAUGUGAAUAUGUUUUGGUGUAUGAUAAAAGGAAGCAUUUUAAUUUUUAUUGCCCAGAGACUUCUUCCAGAUGUGUGUCACAUCUUUCCUGUUCUGGUGUGUCAGUAUUUUCAGUGUUUCCACAGAAAAUAGCAUAUAUGUCCUCUCUAACCAUGGGGGUUGCAGAAAACAUGCCUUCCAAGGGUUUCAGAGUUUUUAAAACUGUUCUUAUGUAUGUGGUGCAAAUCUUAAAUAUGACUUUUACUUAUCUGCUUCUUUUAACACUACUGUCCUUCCUUUAGAGCAUUUAAACAUAUUUGGAAUUUUUAAUGUACUACAAAGUGCUAUUUCUGGGUGCAGACCGUUUAUUAUUUGUAGCUUAAAUAGCAGUACAUUGCACAUGGGAAUUAGUUUAUUACUCAAGCAGCUUUGUGCAUGUAAGUGCCAAGCAGGAUACUCUUAUAUUUCUGGCCUGUCCUCUAUGGAGUGGUCAGUGAUCAACUAACUGAGGUCUUUCAAAACACAAAACAGAAGACUUAUGUCAUUCCACAGCAGUUGUCAGUCUUUCUAUGUGUAAACUACCACUGGUAUUUGCACUUUCAGUUUCAAGGAGGCUCAUAGAAUAAUUUGGAAUGGAAAAGACCUUCAAGAUCAUCAAGUCCAACCAUUAAUCCAGAACUGCUAGGUCCACCAAUAAAUCUUGUUCCUAAGUGCCACAUCUGCACAUAUUUUUAACUCUUCCAAGGGACAGUGAUUGCACUACUUCCUGGGCAGAUUGUUCCAAUGCUUGACAAAAUACUGAUUAAAAUAUUAGAUCCUUCCAAAGAGCGUCAAGGUGAUAGACAAGCUAAAAGAUAAAGCAGUAUUUUUUUUUCAUUUGCAUCACCAUUAACAUAUUUAGUAAUCCUUAUUUAAAGAUGUGCAUGGCUAUGAACUAAUGUGAAUAGCAUUUUAGUAAGUUAACUCUAGUGAUUAAGCUUACCUAUCUUCUUAGUUCAGCUUAGCAUAUCUCCAAUUUAGCUUGAAAAUCAAAACAUACUUUCUAUUGGUAUGUCUCUACCUUUCUUUCCUGGUAGCAUGUUGAGCAGUGCAGUGUCAGGUGAAUCCUGACUUUUUUUAAACCCAAAAAUCAGAGAUAUAUCUGUACUGCAUGUUGUUGUAUCUCUGCUCUUUUUGGACAAGUAUAGGAACUUAUUUGUGUCAUAUUUCAGCAUAAAGUCAUAACUCAAUAUUCAUUGGAAAAGUGAAAGAGCUGCACUGAUUGGAGAAGCCAUGACUGCUUUGUUGCUUACCUUGUUUAUAACUGUCCUUUGUAAAUAGGUUUCAUUUUUCAAGAUAGCUUUUUAUUAUUAUUUUUAUGCAACGUGGCAGAAAAGUUGGAAGUUAGUCACAACUUCUCCUGAAAUGUCUAAUAAUCAGAUUUUAACAGAAGUACUGUCCUUUAUUUAGAUGCCCAAAAUUUCCUUACAUUUCCUGAAAGACAAAGAUUGUCAGUCAAAUGUUUUGAGGCUGUAAAAGAUGUGGAAUUGAACCCCAUCUGCACACCAUUUUUGUGAGUUUGCAUCAUCAGUGUUACCUGGUUGCAAAAGAACUGACAUUUUGUGCAGCCAUCUUUUUGCUGUAGAUGCAUAUAGAACUCUUGCAGUAAACUUGUUGAUUCAUCAAAGGAAGUUGUCAGAAUUACAUAAGUUACUUGAGCUGCAAUUCUAUUGGCCAUUCUACCUCCACUGCUCCCUUCUGCAUUUUCAGUCGAGCCGUUAGAGUGUAAAUGUACUUAAGUUGUUACUCUCAUGUCUAAAUAGUGAAAGAAAUGUAAUAAACACUGCCAAAACGUCUAAUGUAGAAGUUGUAUCAAAAUAUAAGAGCUUUUAAUCUGCUGCUGAAAUUAAUCCUUUCAGCUUGAUAAGCAUUGGAAACUCAACACUGACACUACUAACAGUGAAGUUUUUGUUUACUGAAGAUUCUGUUACUUUUUGAAGUUACUGAAAACUGGAAUUGCUACUUUUGUUGCACAGCUGUCACAAAUGCAGCAUGUAUAGUGAAGUACAUUGUUAAAUGCAUCUGCAUGUUGUGUUGUAAAUCUAGCUCAGGAAACAACAUAAUAAAAGUCAUGCACAAUUUUUGGACUUUAA